AUGGCGCGUUCAAGAGAAAUAUCUGUUGUGAAAACAACAGGGAAAAAUAAUUUUGUGGAAAAUGACAAUACAGACGAAACUAACCAUUUCUGUCCUCUCCGAGAAGAGAUUUGUGAAGAGACAGAGCCAGUUGUUGUUUAUGAAGACACAGACCACGACAAAUCACUUGUCUACAAUGUGUCCGAUAAUCCGCCGUUCCAUCUACUUAUCGUGUUUGCUAUGCAGCAAUGCCUGUUGUGCAUCGCAUCCCCUCUGAGCAAGGCUGUCAUCGUGUCUGAGAUCGUGUGCGCCACACAAGAGGAGUCUAUCAAGGCACACCUGCUGAGUGCCACCAUGUUGAUGACGGGACUAGCCACCUUCCUCAUGCCCACGAUAGGAGUUAGGUUACCAAUUUUCCAGGGACCGGCGUCUUCCUACAUAAUUCCUUUACUCAGUCUUCAAGGUCUGGACGAGUGGAAGUGCCCGGAUGUUGUUGCCGGCAUUGAUCCCAUCACUAAUGAGACUGUCAGCUAUGCUCUUAUCGGGAAUGGAACAGUUGUCCCUACGAAGGAAUUGAUCUUCUCAAAAAUACAAGAGCUGUCUGGAAGUCUGGUACUUGCUGGGUUUUUGCACUUUCUCAUCGGGUUGACUGGUUUUGUAGGAAUCAUAGUCAGGUACGUGGGUCCUGUCACGAUCGUGCCAACAAUUGUUCUCAUGGGCCUCCAGAUGGUGUCCGUUGUGCUGAAAUUUUCUGAAACGUGUUGGCUCGUAGCUUUCAUCACAGCGUUGGCCAGUCUGAUACUAUCUGUGUACAUGAGCAACAAGAAGACUCCCAUACCCUUCUGGACACGUAGCCGGGGCUUACACAUCUUCUGGUACCCGCUUCAUCAAGUGUUUGCGAUCCUGAUCAGCAUGCUGUUAGGCUGGGCUUUGAGCGCCUUGCUCACGGAGACAGGAUGGCUGUCUGAUGACCCCAAAAGCAAAAACUUCUUUGCACGAACAGAUACCAGGGUGCACGUGAUCGAGGAGAGCAACUGGUUCGUCUUGCCGUACCCAGGCAACUUCGGCCCUCUCUCCUUCAACCUGGGCGGGUUCAUCGCUUUCUUUGUGGCCACUGUCCUCUCGAUCCUGGACUCGAUCGGCUCUAAAAUCAAUCAAGUGGUGAGUCGCCGAGUGUUCCAGUGUGCAGGAAUCAUCUUCAUCUUGUUCGCUGUGCUUGGCAAGGUGGGCGCCGUGUUCAUCACCAUCCCGUACUCUGUCCUGGGCGGGAUUACCUUCAUUGUGACGGGCCUGUUUAUCGGAGUUAUCCUCUCCUUUCUACAGACUGUGAAUCUGAACUCGGAAAGGAACAUCCUCAUCAUGGGCAUGUCUGUUCUGCUUGGAUUAAUGCUUCCAUCUUGGAUGAAGAAAAACCCGCAUGCCAUAAACAUAGGUAACGCGAAUGGAAACUCUGCCAUCAAAAUGUUGCUGUCGAAUCCAUCGUUUAUUGGGGGCUUCUUUGCUUGCGUGUUGGACAACACAGUCCAUGGGACCCUACAUGAGCGUGGCCUGUUGGAGCAACUGAAAGAAGUAGAGGCCAGUUCUGACAAAGAGGCCCCAGUCAUCAAAUACGCCGAGGGGACACGAUUCUACAGACUGCCUUUUCUUCCAAACUGGAUCCGGAAGUCAAGAUGUUUGCGGGUGUUCCCAAUUUUUGACACGAGAAUCUUGUAA